AUGAACUCCCCUGCUACAGUUAGAUUCAAUGACCCUCCGGUCACUGAAUAUAACUCAAUGGAUGUGGAUGAAUCAACUGUGUCCCAGAUGUCAACAGAUCAAUUAUAUCUUGGGCCAGCUGAUGACCCAGAAUCAUGUUCUGUGUCAUCCAAUGGUCCAGAAGUCUUUUCUCCAAUUUCCGAUCCAUCACCUCUGGCCCAACCUUAUCACCCGGAUGUACCCAUCCACCCAGACCUGUACCUUGGGCCUGAUAAAGAUUUUAUGCCAGAAUUCCCUGAUAAAUCUCUUCCGGCCCAACCUAAUCAACUGGGUUUCCCCAUUCACCCAGACAUAUACUUAGGGCCUGAAGAUGAUCUGAUCGACUGUGGGGUGAAGCAGGAGUGUGCUGAUUCGGAUAGUGAGGUCUCAGGUGCGCCAGUAGUAUCCAGGGCAUCGAUUGUAAAAUCUCCUGAACGUGAUUUGCCACACCCAGAUGUCACCUAUGAAGAAUUGCUUGCCAUGGUCCAGGAGUUCCAGCCAUUCGAGUCUUACAAUCACACAGGCAUUCAAUCCAUUCAAGAUUGGGUCCGGGAUUACAAACAGCGACACGGACAUAUUCCCGACCCAUCCAUCCAACAACUACUUGAGGCUGAGAGACCAUUCUGA